AAACUCAAAACAAAGGAAAAUGGUGACAGUGAGGAUCUUCAAGCUUCAGCACCUCAUUCGUUUUAUGAGAGCAUUCCAUUUACUCACCACAAUCGGUGAAGAAAGAGGCAACAUCGAAUUUUACAAGUCUGGUUUAGACUUCGUAGUCAUCUCCCGUCAUCUCUUUGUACUACUACAUAUUAGACAUCCAUUUUUACACCAUUACCAACCUCCAAAUUCUUCAAACUAUUUCACAAUUCAUCUUAAGGAAUUUCGCCAGCAUCUUGGACAUAGAGCACUUACUUCUUCUUCAAUGGACUUCAAUCUUGAUCAUCAUUAUCCACCACUAGCAGCCCUUACAUUUCACGAUGAUAAUUCUGGUGCGCGCUUCACUCGUAUAAUAAACGUGUCAAAUUCAGAACAUAUAGGGAAACUUGGUGGUCUUACAAUUAAAAAAUUUGUCUCAAUGGAUUCAGAAAAGUUUAAACUAAUUGUGAUGGAGUUCAUGAAUAUUGACAAAGUUAAUGUUGUUUUGACUAAUUCACAAGUGACAUUCUCAAGUGAAUUCAAAGAGAUAACUAUUAAUGCAGAGGACCAAGGAUGCAUAAUUAGUGGUGUCGAUGAUGGUGAAAGAAUUCAAUACUCAGUAAGGUUUCAACCCACAUCAUUUUUUUGCGAUUUGGCAAAUUUGAUAGAGAAGGUAACGUUCUAUCAUGAGACAACUAAAAGGAAUAUUGCAAUGUCAGCUCCAAUCGGCUUCAACUCUAUAUUUAUUAUCAAUUUUCUGAAUAUUGAAUGAGUAAAAAACAUGGAAAAAUUGUUCCAAUUUUGUUUGAUAUAUGACAUCUUUUAACCUUCUCAGUGCAA